GAUUUGAGGCGCAAUCGAAUUAUAUUAUUGAAUCUAAAAUUUAAUGUAACAACAUUCUAGAGUUUUUUUUCCCACACUGAACUACUUCAUCAACCAAAAUCCAUUUUUAUUCCUAUCAAGAAAUUGUCUAUUUCGACCAUCAUUUCUCUCUUAAAGAUCUUUCCUUCUUCGCUUAGAUUUUAGAGCUAUCACCUCAAUUUUCCAUUCAGAAAAGCCCCUUUUCAAGCAGAAGUAAGAAUGUCGGUGGAGAAAAACGAUAUACCACCUCCACCUGUGAUUCCAAGCCCUUUGGCCCCGAUUUCACCUACAAACAGUAUUUGUGAUCCUACCAUCAUGGACGAUCAUCAACGCAGAGUUGGUGAUCGAACUUCUCCUGGUAGGAGGCACAAUUCAAGAAAAAGGACUUCCCCAGAUUUCUUUGUUCCCACCCCUUUCGGCCCUUCUCUACGAUUACACGGCCAGGGUUUACGACGUGGUCCAGGUCGCCCUCCGAAACAAAGAUUAGAUGAAAGUUCAGCCUCACAACCUUUGCGGCGUGGUCCUGGUCGUCCCCAGAGAAAGAGAUCAGAUGCGGCGACAAAUGCUCCAGAGGUAGUUCUCCCACCUCAUGUGCCGCCAAUAGGAUCAAACCAAAAUAUUCCUGAGAAAGUUUCGAUGAGCACAAAUUCAGAGCUAGUUCCCCCACCUCUUGUGCCUCCAACAGGAUCAAACAAAAACAUUCCUGAGCAAGUUUCGAUGAGCACAAAUUCAGAGCUAGUUCCCCCAUCUCCUGUGCCACCAACAGGAUCAAACGAAAAUAUUCCUGAGCAAGUUUCGAUGAGCACAAAGUCAGAGCUAGUUCCCCCACCUCCUGUGCCACCAAUAAGAUCAAACGAAAUUAUUCCUGAGCAAGUUUCGAUGAGGACAAAUUCAGAUUUAGUUCCCCCACCUCCUGCGCAACCAUUGGGAUCAAUCAAUGAUAUGCCUUCACUGAUUCCUUGUGAUGAAGAAGAUGAUCAGAGAGAGACAAAUUUGAAGGUGAAUCCUUUAUCAAGACUGGAGACACCUAAACAAACACCUUCUUCCCAAAACCAAAUGCCUGAAAAGUCAAAAAGAGUGUUGACUGAUGAAGUCCAGUCUGUAUUGGUGUCUCGUAUCUCCUCUGGUACGACCACCAGUGUGGAUGACAUGGUUAACUUUGCAAAUGGUGCUUUCUCCACAUUGAAUUGGAUCGGUGAUGAUUAUGGGUCAUUCUACCAAGAUGUCAAGAACAUGAUUUCUUACAAAUAUGAUUUGUUCAUUGCAGAGAGAGAUGGAGAUAUGUGUUCUGUUUCCGAAUUGGAGAAACAACAUUUAGAUGCUGUUCUUCGUGCGUAUAAUAUUGAAAAGGAAAUCGAACAUACUCAAGCAAAACAGGAGAAGGAUAAGGAGAAGAAGGAAAAAUCGAAGAAGCUAAUAGAAGAUGUAAGAGAAAUGAUUCAGCAAUUGAAAGAAGUGAUUCCCAGCUUGGAACAACAGGUUGCUGUUAUUGAACAAGAUGAGAAGUGCAUGAAAGAUGACGAGCAAAAGCAUAGAGCAGCCUAUAGGAUUGCACAAGAUGAGGUUGAAAAAGUCAGUACCCAAAUCAAUGAAGCUAGAGCAGUGCAGAUGGAUGCUGAGCGGCGCAGGAAUGAAGCUCUCCAAGGGAUUGAAUCCACCACGCGACGGCUACAGUCUUAUGUAGAAGAAAGAUAGAAGAGAAACAUGAAAUGAUGGUAAUGCACACUAGUGUGUAAGUCUCUAGUUGAACAUGUUUUUUGUUUUGGGAUCUAGCAAAGUAGUACCAAUUUUCAAUAAUUUGAACCUCUCUUAUAUAUUUUGCCUUUCAGUUUUGUUUGUGUGGUGCUUAGUAGAUAGAGUUACCCAGUAUCGAUGCUGGUGAAAUGUAUUAGGUACUUCGUGAAAUUAGUCGAGCUAUGUGCAAGC